ACUGAACUGUCUGAAAAUUGCAAACUAUGAAAGUGAAGUGUAUUGGAAAGUUUUAAUAGUACCUACCGAUUCAACUUUCAAAUAAUAUCCUUAAAAAUUUUAAGUAGAGAUGUUUUGGUGUUGAAAACAUCUCUUAUUAUUUUUAAUUUCGAGUUAAAUUUUAGUAAAAGCCGUAAUUGUUGGUAUCAGUUCUCAAUUUCUAGGUUAUUAUCCUACAAAUAAAACAAUCGAGAUCAUAUGUGUUUAUAAAAUCAAAACAUUUGUUCACGGCAUGUUUUGUAAGUGUGUAGAAAAUGUCGAUUACUUCAAAGGCCAACAAAGAAAACUUUCGUCUCUUGGACUUAUCCAGUGAUGAGGAAUCAGAAGAUUUGCAAUUAGAGAUAAUUCCAAAUAGGAAAAAGAAAAUAUCAAGAAAAGAGAGGAACAGAGGUGUUCAAUCGCGAGCCGAACCAAAUAUUGGGCAGGAGGUACAAUGUGCACUAUGCUGGGCGGUGCGAGGUACCCUGGUGCUGUGGCUGCUGAUGUUGACGUGGAUCUGUGCUGCGCUGUACGACCAAGUCACUACCAUGAGAGUUGACAUUGCUAAAGUAACAACCACGAGUGGCGGGGUCGGGGAUGCCUUGCAAGUUUGUCAUACAGCUGCGAAAGAGCUGAAAGCGAACGCGAGCGAGCUAAGUGCAAGGAUACUCAAACUGGAGUUGCAGCACGAAGAGCUCUCGCAGCGGAUGAAGAAUGCCCAGGAGGAGUUAGCUCUCGUCUCGGGACAGUUGUCCGCAGCGCCAAAGUUGGCUGAUACUCCGAGGAGAAUCGCUGAGUUGCAGCGGACUGUAGCUGACUUUGGGUCGCAGAUAAAAGGCUUCGACAGCGCAAUAGAGUCGGCGCACAAGCAAGCACUGACCGCUACAUCCAGUGUAGAGGAGCUCAGGAACUACGUAGUGCACCUAGAGGAGAGAACUAACGACACCAUCGCGAACGUGUCGGCCAAUUGGAAGAGGGGGGAGGAGUUUGGAGCUCAGUUGGUGGCAUUGAAUACGACGAUAGGGAACAGAAUGGAUGGGUUGCAGGCGAUCCUUGAUGGGAUGAAGAAACCAGUAGAAAAAGUAGCAGAAAGUGAAACACCGGUAGCAACUAACGCGCCCACUGCCGCCCCCACCACUACCACCACUUUACCACCUGGUCCAACAAAGCCAAGCGUUCUCAAAAUGAAGGAGACAGCUUCAAGUUAAAACAACGAUUGCUCACAAUUGUCUCAAAGGCAACAUUGCGUCCACGCGACAAAUACGACGUAGUUACGGGGUAGGGUUGGCGUAACUGGGAGGGGCAGGGGAGGGCAUGGAGCACUAUAUAAUACAGAUAUAUCCUUUUUUUAAGGGAAAAAGUUUUGUUAAAGAAAGCCCGUUAAAACAACUUGAAAAAAUGAAAAAAUGGUUGGAGAACUUAAAAAAAUUAAAAAAUCUGGAUGUGUCUGAUGCUAGAAAUUUUUUUUUAUUAAUUAUGAAAUUUUUCGGAUACAGUAAUGGUGAAAAUGCCAAAAAAAUUAAUUCGCUGGAGUUUUUUUUUGUUUUUACCUAGUUACGCCAACAUGUAGUGAACGAUCCCUCCAAUUUAGAUGGGUUAAGAGUUGCCGUACACAAAAAUGAAUCGUUUAUUUUUUUCACAUUUGUUUAUCAUCUACUGGUAUACACGGCUGUGUAUUGUACGGAGGCCAUGUUGAAAGAUAACAUUUAUUAUGUUUUAAAAGUGUUUUUGUGUGAGAGUUAUCUUCUUUCAUGAGACUGUCGCGUAGAAGUUGUUUUAUAGAUUGGGAAUAUUUAUGAAAUAAUAAGCGUUUAUUUUAGUUACUUGUGUCGGAUAUAGAAUAAUAUUUGAUUGUAAAGGGAUCCUUGUAUAUCGCAAGAUUUAGAGGAAUAUUUCAUCUGAAAUAUAUUAAUUCGAUAUGGCCUUCGUAAGUACUAGACUCACUUGAUAGAACCUAGUCUAAUUUAAUUUUAUAACUUUUAUUUAUAUUUUAAUAUUAAAAUUAUUUAAAAAUAAGUUAAAUAUUCUUUAAGUUCAUUUCAGCAUUUCUCUUUAAAUAUUUUUUAGAAAGAAAGGAAUGUAAUAGAGUUAUAUAAAUAAGGUAAUAAAGUGUCAACUAAUUUUUACAGAGAUGCCAACGAAUUCGAUCUCAAACUAACAAUGAUAAGAACACACUGGGUGAUUUAUAUUCGAUAUAUAAUAUUAUAAGGAGUUUAACCCGGUGCAUAUAGCUUGUUACUAAAAAUGAAAAAAAAAUUAAACAACGUGAGUUUAAAUCUAGUAUUUGACCCCAAAAUUUCCUCCUAAAUCGAGAAGGAAUUAAAGAAAACAAUUGUCAAAUUAGAAAUUCGAGGAGUUUUAAGAAAAAUAAAUGAAAAAAUGCAAGCUUAAUAGAUCUAUUGUCAUGACUGACAUGACUUAAUCAGAUGGAAUGUGUAAUUAAAUUUCAUCCAUAUUGAUUUGUAUUUAACAUUAUAUGCACUGGGAUAAAGGCCAUGAAUUGAUGUAUGAUAGUCACCUAAGCUAGUUUCCAUACUUCGCCACGUUAAAACUUGAAGUUUUUUGAAAAAUAAUAGUUUAUUAAGAAUUAAAAUUCCCCAAAAUAGUAAAAUUGGUUAGGGACAUAUUUUAUUUGAAUUCGUAAAAAUUGCCUCAGCUUUAUUUGCCUAUUAUGGUCACAAAAAUUAUUCAUUUAAUUUUAGUUAAAACAAAUGGUGUUCAUCGAUUUAUCUUGAAACCUAAUAUAUAUCCAAACUUAAUGUAGAUCCAAAAUGUAUAAAUUAUAUUUUUUUUUAUUAUUUGCCAUGGGGUGCUUUCCGUGCUGUCCCAUUUAAAUUUUGUCUAAUUCUGUCGAUUUAAACACCUUUGACGGAUAUACAAGAUAUGGAAUGUAUAGCGCCUGUCUUUUAACUUAAAACUAUUUUAUUCAUACAUAAUUCGUCAUACUUAUUAUUUUUGUUAAAAGAAUAAUAUUUUAAAUUCGUAAAAUACGUCGCGAUGUAUGGGACCGAGUUAUGUGUGCAGUGAUUAUUGCAAUAACAAUGAGUGAGAACUCGAUACCAAUGUAAAUAAAUAAAUCUAUUUAGCUAGUAAGAGGGUCCGCUGCGUGUUACUGAGUUGUCGUGUGUGGAUUUUAUUGUAAUAAAUUAUUGUUAAUAGAUCAAUAAUUAUUAUAAA